GAAGUUACGUGAGGUGCGACAGCAACGCAGUCAAACCUGAUCUGGUCUCAACUACGUGGCUCGCGUACUCGUUAGCGAAGGAAAUGUUUCUCAAAGUCCUUUUUCUUGUCGGGAUUGUGUUCGGCACAUGCUCCUCGACUAACGUCGAUUUCAGCAAAUUGAAAUGCCAAGGCCAGUCACCACCAGCACACGGCCAAAUUAAAUGCGAAGACGUCCCCAACAGUCAGGACGUUUAUUGUAGCAUGUCAUGUGACCCGGGAUAUGACGUUGAAUUCCUUGCUGCUGAGCGUUACGUGUGUCAUGAUGACGGCACUUGGACCGCUGAACCACCGUCCGUGGGCACACAGUGGCCAAACUGUAGACAUUACGCCCGAGGAGAACCUGUACCGUGAAUAAACCAUAGCACGUGACUCGACGUAUGAUGGUCCAGCAUCAUCAAUACAACUAAACUUUAGAUGACAACUUUCAAUACGAAGAAAGAAACGCUUUAGUGAUGUAAUGUUGUAAACGAAUGAAUGGAUAACUAGUAAACACGUGAGGCAUGGGGAUAACUAACUUGAAUUGUUGAUUGUUUUCAGAAGUAUCCGAAAUAAACUAGACGAUCCGUGCUAUCAUAAAAA